AUGUCCUCCGCCAUCCGCUCCAUGAGUGCCCUGCGAAGACAGCCCGCCGGAGCCCGCACCGUGCUGCGAAGCAUUGCGCCGCACCGGUCUUUUCAACAGGCGAGAGUACUUGCAGUGUCGAAAGAAUCCAACUUGCACACCGACAAAGAUGGAGCACAUUUCGAGGCGGAAAAGCAGGCGCAAUUGAAAGACCAGAAGGACGGGAGAGGGGAGUGGAAAGAUUCAUUGUCGAGCGACAGUGAGAGCGCAGUCAAGGCGGAUCGAGGAGAGAUGAAGGACGGCAAGGCGAGCAUCUCCGAACUGCAGAAAGAGACGGUCAAAAAGGCAGACAAGGAGAGGAAGUGA